UUUAAAACUUUACCAGAAAAAUAAAAGGGCAUUUUUGGAACAAAUGCUAAUAUAAAUUCCCUUUUACUUUCUCUUUCUACUUAAUUAAUCCUCAUUCUCUAUAGUAAAUUCACAUAGAAGAAAUGGCGUCUCUCUCCAACUUUGAUGACUGUAAGGGACUACUGCAAAGUCAAGAACUGUAUGAGUAUGUACUGGAGACUGCUGUGUACCCAAGGGAGCCAGAGGUUCUCAAAGAGCUCAGAGCAAUAACUGCAAAUCAUCCAAAGAGUUUAAUGGCAACUGCACCAGAUGCUGGCCAACAGAUAGCCCUACUUCUGAAAAUGAUAAAUGCCAAAAAGACUAUUGAAAUUGGAGUCUUCACUGGAUAUUCCUUGCUCCUUACAGCUCUUACAAUUCCUCAAGAUGGCAAGGUUAGUCCAUCUCAUUUUUAAAUACUUCUGUCUGUU